AUGCGAGAGGGGCGCAACAAAGACCCCAUCAUAAGCCUUCAUGGCCUCGGCGGAGAUCACCUGAUCAGCGCCGAUGAUGCCGAGGGUGCGCAGUAUCUAAACCUGCGCACGGCGCUCAGCGGUGGGUGGCACGCCGGGUUUAGUCUUCACAGCGGCGGCAGAUCGUCCUCUGCGCGGCGAGAAGUUGAGGGGCUGUCGGCGACGUUUGCAUCCGGGGUUGGGAAGGGCAGAGCAAGUUUGCUUAGUUGCCGCGGCGAGGAAGUCUCCAAGGGUCCAGGAGCUGACAGAGGCCGGCUGCCUGGCACGUCACAGGGGGUGCAUUGUGGCGUGGACGGGCUUGGAGAAGAGGCUGAUCCGCUGUCGGGGCAAAGCGAUGCUUCGCCCUCGUCAGCUCCUGUGGCUGAUUUGUCACCUACUGCUUUGCAUGCCGGCCCCACCACUAUUACACAGGAUGCAGUGCCCACGUCCACCCCUGCGGCCCUGCCGGAUCUGCAUGGCCACCGCUCCUCGCCAUCGGGAUUACGACGCCGCGCGAGUCUCCCCGACGGCAAGCGCGAGGCCGCCUCGUCCUGCAGGUCCGCGGUGGCGAGGUAUGGUAUAUCUCUGCCCCACCCGCGCUCGCCCCAACCAACGGAAGUGCCGCAUGAUCGAGUGCCCCGCCGCGGAGCCCGAGGAACCUGGCGCCGACUGGCACCUCGCGCCUCCCCGCCCGCCAACCCAGCCCGACGCCGCCCCUCCUCCCCCGCGCCCAGGCCGCAGCAGCAGCCUUCCCCCACCUCGCUAGCGCAGCAGGAUGCACUCCGCGCCGCCGAUGAGUUCUUCUCCGGGCGCGUAUCCUCGGGCGAGUACGGCGACAGCGACGACGAGGAUGAGGGCUCCGAGCCGGAGGACGACGGGGACACGGUGGCCGGGUUCUUCCUUGGGCUGUUCGAGCGGGACGCCGCGGUGCGGGGGUACUAUGAGUGGAGCCAUGAGGAAGGGGAGUUCCGGUGCAUGGGUGCGUUGGGAAGGAAGAGGAAGGGCAGCAGCCGGGCCAAGAGGUUCCAGAACUGCAUCAGCCUCGUGCACCACGCGCGCGACGCCACACGCUGCGGGAGGCCGCUAGCGCACCGCGCGCUCGACGCCACACGCUGCGGGAGGCCGCUAGCGCACCGCGCGCUCGCCGCCGUUGUUUGUCGCGUGCUGGGCUGGGACGCCAAGCGGGGACGGGGCAGAGCUCGACGAGGCGCUCCUUGAGAACAUCCCAGGCCAUGACCCACCCUCCGCGCGGACACCCAAAGCACGAUGUAGCACCAGCGGCCAACGGCAAAUGCCGGAAUAGCAAAUGGUGGCCGACAGCGGCAAAGCACAGAUCUUGUCGGCGACAGAGGUUGCAGCGUGUAGAAGGGAAAUCUUCCCCUCCAACGUCCGAGCUCUCGACGAGGAAGAUGUAUUCGCAGGCACCCGAAUAGAAUAAAGAGGGGAUACCACUACUGAGGGCGAACCUUGCGGUGGAGAGGCAUACCAGCAAGAUAUACACGAGGGCUAUGUUUGAGCAUUUUGGACACAUUUUGUAUGAAUGUGGGGCUUAUCAGGUUGAAGAGAUUGAAAAACAUAAAACAUACAUCGUGAUCUAUAGUGAAGCACAAAAAAGAGAGAAGUGCUCGAAAAUUUCAUACAAGGUUACAAACUAACUUACAAUGCUAGAUGGAGGCAAUGAAUUCGACUGCGAGUGUGGGCAAUCUGCACACAUGUGCCUGCUGUGCAGCCAUGUACUAAUGAUGAUUGAAGACGUAAAAACAGAUGCAACCAAUUCAAGGUCAUGCAGAACAUUACCGCAAGCUAACAUUUACUAUAUAGAUAUGGUUAAUUUCUAGAAAACUGUUGACAGAAAAAUCUAGAUGAUCGGCCAGCACAAACUUUACCAAUAUGUUUAUUUGUAUGAGUUAUGAUCUAUAAUUCUCAUUUCAUGUUACAAAAAAUAUUUGAUGGAAUUACUAAUUUUGCUA